AUGAGAUCCACUGCCAUCUCCAAUCUUGCUCAUACCGCACGCACACUUUCGCAAAGGAGGCUCGUACGUGUCCAGCUCAAGCAAGACAUCGAAGGUCUCGGCGCCGCCGGCAGUAUCGUCCUUGUCCAGCCCGGGCGCAUGCGCAACCAGCUGCUGCCCACUCGCAAAGCCAUCUACCAACCUCUACCCACCCCUUUCCAGCUCUCCAACCAGAAGCUCCACGACGCUCUCGUCGAAUCACAGCUCGCCUCGGCGCACGAUUUUCUCGAAGUACAAAAGGAACGCGAAGCUGUCGCAAAGGAGCUCGGUCCGCUUCAGCUGUUGAGUUUGCGAAGGAAGCUCGAAGCUGCGCCUCCUGUUGUCUUUACCCGACAGACUACGACCAGGUAUACAUCGACGGUCGCGACGACUGGAGAAGUUGAGCUUCCGAAACCAGCAAUUGGGAUUCAGGGGAGCAUCUCGACGAGCGACGUUGUUCAGUUCUUGAGAGAGAACGGCGCAUUUGAUCUCGAGACCGAUUACAGCAACGAGGGCAAGCCGGUUCAGCUCAACAGGCUCACUUUGACCCAGAUCAACUCUGCUUGCGAAUUCACGCUCGACAACGCUGCACAAGGGUCUAGCGACUCGAUCGAUAAGCUCGGCCGCAUCAAGAAGACCGGCCGAUUCGUGCUCGUGGCCCACAUCUUUGCCUCGAACACCCGAGCCCGUAUCCCCGUCAUUGUCCGUCCCGUCCCUUCCUCCGCAUCCGCCUCCACACCCAUCGCAUCCGCGCCUUCCGCCUCGUCGAGCAUGUCCGGUCAAACCCGCGGCUACGCGACAUCAGCCAGACCUACCAGCAUGGAGUCGUCGAUGCGCACCAAGCUCGAAGCCGAGUUCGGCCCUUCGGUCGAGGUCAACAUCCGCAACGACUCGAGCAAGCACGCGCACCACGCCGCCAUGGCAGCCCAAGGCGGCGGCAACGGCGAGACGCACUUUUACGUGCACGUUGUCUCGGACAAGUUCCAGGGCAUGACGCAGAUCAAACGCCAUCGCGCCGUCAACGCGCUGCUGCAGGGCGAGUUCGACCGGGGUCUGCAUGCGUUGAGUCUUCGAACAAAGACGUGGGCCGAAGAGGGCAAGGUUGCACCGACCAACGAGACGCAGCAAGAAAGCACUAUUGACGACCCGACCACCUGUCCCACCGAAGACACCUCAUCAGGCUCCCUCUGGCAAGCCCCGCAAUCGACCCUUCACCCGACCUCACCUCUCGCUCCCUCCCCUCCUUCCACCACCACGACGGACAACACCAACGACAUCCUAUCCGCGUUCUACACACGUCCACCUUCCAACCCGACCAUCCCCGUCCCUCGCCGCUCCGUCUCGCCUCAGCAGCGGGAAAAGUUCUUCCGCCGCGCCACCAAGGAUGAUGCGCUCGAGCCCAGUCCGCGACAGAACCUGCUCAACGUGCUCGGCGGGGUGCUGGCCACCGCGUGUGCAGGAUACAUGGUGUUCUUCGCCGAUUUCGGGCAGCCCGAGGGCGUAGAGAACUGCUUUACUGGUCUGAGACGCGUCGUGUGGGGCGAAGAGGGAGCGCCGAAACUCUUCUAG